AUGGAUUCUCGGGGUAAACAAAAUUUAUCAAGCGCUAGGGGAUCACAAAAUUUGGAACAAGAAAACGAUUAUAAUUUAGAUUCAAAAGAUAAUAUACCACAAAGACCAUUAGAAGCUGAAAAGGAGGGAAAUGAUUUAAAUUUAAAUUCAAAUUCUUUGAAAACUACUAUAAAUCCAGUAAAUGACCUUCAUAAUGCUCCAAUGCAUUGGAAUAAGUUAAGAAACCUGGUAUUAGUUGAUGAACAUAUUCCACCAACACCUUUACCACCAGAAUUACUUAAUAAUAAUAUUUCCGAGGAUGCGAAUUCUCAAAUUUCUGCUGCCGAACAACCACAAUUAAUAAAAUCAAGCUCAAAACAUGACAAUACUGGAAAUUAUCAAGGGAACGCUUUAAAAAUGUUAAGAUUUAAAACGACCGUACAGCAAAAGUCAGAUGUAAAUAGAUUGGCAAAGGAUCUCGAGAAACUAAUUGCUAAAAGGCAUGGAGGUUAUCUUUUUACAGGAAUGGGCAAUGGAAGCUCUGGAGGUUCUUUAGGACCUUUACCUGGGAACGAUAAAGGAAGCAAACAACUGCCAGAGUUGGAAAUAAAUGAUAGUGUAAGAAGCGAAGGAAAUAAUGUAAACUUUUUUUCAGAACUUAGUAAAUUGUUGAAACAAUGGAAACAUGUGGUUAGGUUACCUAAUAGUUCACUAAUAUUAGCUGAAUUGGCCAAGCCAUUUUAUAAUUAUCCAGUGAAUGUUGAUGACUGUAAUAAAUCAUUGGAUAUUUUUGAAUUUAUUAGAGCUAAUUAUAAACCUGCGGAUCCUAACGAAAAUUUUACGCGAAUACAAUGGUGUUCAGAAAAUUUGCUUAAUUCUACUUCAAUGAAUUCAUAUUUCCCUACUUCCGUUACAGCAAUCCACGCACUUGUAUAUACAUUUAUUCAUACAUUGGUUGUUACUGGUUCAGAGAGAGAAGAAUCGAAUAAACUAUUUGAAAUGGUUAAUGGAUUUUUGGCUCGAUUAGCUGCUGGAACUUUAAUUUCGAUAGAUCCUGAUGAGAUGUUAAUUGGAAAUGCUAGAGUGCAGAUCAACAAAUACGAUAGCUUGGCUCGUUGCAUAUUUCUAGAGGGUUUAGUUAAGUGUCUGCUAGUUAAAGACGUUCAAUUACGUAAAUAUAUUAUGGAGAACCUUAUAGGGAAAUACUGGUUAGCUCCCGACUUAACAAUGCAAUCUUUAUAUGAACAUAUUAUUCAAUUAUUUGCUCAAGCUGCGUUCGAGAUGCUAGUUGAUCCAAUCUCAUCAUUCAUCGAUCCAUCAAAUCCCUAUAAUUCGUUACCUUAUCUAAUUCUUCAAACUCUAAAUCAAUAUUUACCAUCAAAAAAUCUCAAGAAUAUAUCUUUACAUGUAGUAAGAUCACUUAUAAACGUAGUGGUAUCUAUUUUUUCUUUAUCAUGGUCCGACACCCCUACGCGUAGUUUAUCAUUAACAGCUUCAAAUAAACAAAAUAACAACCAUAGUAAUCAAAAAACAAGCGGAAACGAAUCUGGCACUGAAAAUGAACAUUCGAAAUCAUCAUCUAAAGGUUCAGCUGCACAGAAUUUAACGAUUACUUCUGAUGGGUUACUUACACCCGGGAUUUCAAAACAGUCAUCAGAGAUUGAUGUGUUAAAAUUGGCUAAGGAUUACGUUGAAUCUCUAUGGAACGAAGGGUGGAAGAACGAAGUUAUUGAGCUUAUUAAAGAAGUAUUCGAACAAGAUAAUUUAGAUAGGAUCAUCAUUAUUUUUGAACAAUUAGUGUUUGGAAUAAAUGAUUCUAUGGGCAACGAUAUCGUUAAAGAAACAAUUUCAGAUUUGUUUGAGAAAAUAGAAAAGGUCAAUCCCGAGAAACCACCAGCAAAUUUAAAGAAACUGCUUUUGUCACUUUCUCUAAAGCAUCGCGUACAUUUUUAUAAACCAAUGCUUGCAUGUGUUGCAUCAGAUAAUGAAUCCAAAGUGGCAGAAUAUCUUCAUCUUAUAUCAACGUUAUUAAAUUACAUAAGUGGUGUUGAACUAUUUAUGCAAGAUGCUGAAUUAAUGAGCGUUAUAAUUUUAAGUGAUUUACCCGGUUCAACCAAAUCUGAUGAAAAUAAACAUGAUUCCAGACUCUCCGUUUCUUGGGGUUCGACUACAAUUGGUCAAUGUGCUCUUAUCAUGGAAUUUGCCUGGAUUAUUCGACAAUUAAGAUUGCAGCAACCUACCCGUUCAAAAGAUUCAAAAAAGGAUGUAAUUGCUAAAAAUUUUUUAAAUGAGCUUGAAAAGAGGAUAUCGAUAUUUAUGAUCGCAAAGGAAAAAUCUAAAUUACUUCCAAUGCCAUUACGUGUAUUACUUUGCAAUCUUUUCUACGAAAUAAGAUUAUAUUGUAAAACAAUCUAUCGACCAGGUUGGCUUACGCGAAUAAUUGAUUGGAUGAUACAUUCUUCACCUAGAACAAUAAUAUAUAGGGAUUCUAUGUUGUCUGAUUUAAAUCAAAGCAAUCAAAACAAUCCAUUCGUUACGCAAUCUGAGUUAGAAAUGGAUAAAAAUUAUCUUAAUGAAGUUGAAUUCAUAUUUGAAAGAAUUAGGGUAGUAUAUGCAACAAUAGAUGGAUGGAAUUCCUCGGAUCAUGACAGGGACGAAUUUUUAGAUGUCCCAGUACCUAUAAUACCGAAAUCAGUACCUAUUGCUCCUACAACACCUCACACUCACAUAAAUCCAUAUAGUGAUAUGAGGCGAAGCUCAGCUGUAGUUCCACUAACAGACCCUGCAAUUAACGCGCUACCAAGAAUUUCGUCUAAAUUACUUAAACAACAUCUUCAUAGGUUCAAUACAUUUAUUGAAGAUCCCGCAGUUUCGGUUUUGUCUUUGCUUGUUGCCGUGUAUCACACUAUAACCGUGGAAGAAUUUACUAAGUUAGCACCGCAUAUAUGGAAUAAAUUCUUAAAUGAUAGGGAGCACAAACCUUUUGCUUCCGCCUCAUUCCUUUUCAUACUGUGCGGUGAAAAAUCUCCUGAAACUGUUAAGGAACUGAUUAUGAACGAUUUGUACAGUACAAAUGCGCUAGUUCGUGCUAUGACUCUUCGUAAAAUAUCCUCUCUGUUUGGUCACCGGAAUCAGCUUCUAUCGCAACCUUAUGUAUCAGAUUCGAAUCGAAAACGUCCAUUUCGAACGCAAGCACCUGCAAUACCUUUCGUACCGACCGAUUUAGGUACUCCAGGAAUAAUGAUGUAUGACUCUCCAAAAGAAUUAAAACAUAAAGGUUCAUUAUCUUAUGUUGUGAAUAAAAAGAUAGAAGAGCUAGGAUGGGAUGAUGAUGAUGAAGUUGAUUUGGAACGUUCAAAACGUACUUUAACACCAAUAUCACUUUUACCCACUUUUCAUCUUGAUGAAGAAGAAUUUAAGAAAAAAGAGGAAUCUGAAGCGUUACAAAUUACACGUGAUAAAAUUAGGAGGAAUGUUCGCGGUGAUGCUUCUACAUCUCAUAUACAAGGAAAUGCAAACAGGAGAAGAAAUGUAUCAGUACCUAUUUUAAGUUCCUUUUCUUUGAGGCUUCUUGAUCUGUUGGAUGAUAUGCACGGUGGUGUAUACAAUCUCACUAAAGAAAUUAUUAUGUAUUUUCUUCGAGAUGAUCCUCUUCUAUUUCUUCGUAUGUUUUUCAGCGAUUUAGGCACAUUUAAUUUUGAGACGCAGAAAAAGCUUCUUACUAGUAUACACUUCCUUAUUUCGAUGCAACAUGUUUUUCCUCCGGGGUUUACCCAUAUAUUAUUCAAUCAUCUCGCUGGUAUAUUGAAAUGGUAUUCAAGAGAUAACAAAGAAAAUGGAUUGGGAUUAAUGACUUACGUUAUCCCUACAUUGGCGGAGAUGGUUCCAACGGUUAAUGAAAUAAUCGUUAGAGAUUUCAGGAAAAACAAAAUUGAAAAUAUUCUCUGUAAUAAUGGACAAUUCUGGUUUACUGAUGGAACCCCACAUUCAAUGUUUCCGAGACAAUUAACUGAUAAUGAAGUCACAUUUCAUAUUCUUGAUGUCCCGCUCGUCAUGUUUCAAGUGGCUAUGCUUCGAGUUGGACAUAUACAUUUUAUGACAAAUUAUGUAAUAAAAUGUCCGAGAGAGGUUUAUUCCGUGAAAAAAAUGAUUCAUACCUUUGCUCCAACUCCUUUGACAAAUGUUAAUGGUAAUUCAUCGGAUGCGAUAAACGAAGAGGAGAAGUAUUUCCCAGAUAUGGAGAAGUCACAAAAACGAAACAGUGGUUUUAAAGACGGCUUGUCAAGGAAAGAAAAGGACAUUAAAUUAAUAUCAGCGUUACGGGCGAGAUCGUGGUUAAAUUUUUUACUUUCAAUGCUAAAAAGAUUAAAUACCAAUUAUAACGAUCGUAGUGAGCUUAAUAUAUUUUUGAGUGGUGCUAAUGAUAUUCUAUUGGAACAUGCAAAUGAUUUUGGGAUUGUGGGACAAACCUUAGUUUUGUACAUGACGGUCAUCACAAGAUUUCGUAGGUUGUUUGAUAAUAAUCGAGGAUAUUCGAUCUUUAUUCCCGCAUUGUUCAAAGUCUUUUGUGAAUCAGAAAAAAUUCCCCCGAUUAGAUUAGCUAUUAAAUUUGUAUGGUAUAAAUUUUUUCAAGUACACGGGGAAUCUUUCAUUUUUCAAACUCUUGGUAGUUUAACUCCAUUAAUAUUAAAAGGGUCGGCCAAAUCAACAAAAGUUGGAGGAUUGUUAUCUUCAUCUCUUUACGAGCUUUUUAAAGCUUUAAACACUCCCAUGAAAUACAUGGACUACCUAGGUAUAUAUGAUGCGAUUGAUGAAUUACAUAUUACCAAUCCGUUAUCGUUUGAUCCACCUCCAUUACUCAACAAUACAAUUAGGAGGCGAGCUAAUAGUUCCGCAACAAAAUUCAAGGGAGGAUUAUUAGGAACGUUAAAUGAUAAAACAUUUUCAUUGGAAGAUUUAGUUAGAUUAUUUUUAACUAUUAUUGCUUACGAUCCUGGCUCGCUCCGAGCUGAGCAAUUUGUUCAAAUACUGCAAUACCUCAUACCACACCUUUUAGCAGAGUCUUCUAGUGUUCGUACAUUGGUGGACGAAGGAAUGACAGCUUUAACUGAAGUAUUCCUUAAAUUUUCAAAAUCUUCUAAACCAAUUAUUCAUUCUACAACUAAUCCCGAGAACAAUAAUGAAACAAUGGAAAAUUCAUCCACGAAUAAACCAUUUGUUUCGGAGGUGACGACUCAAGCAUUCGGCAAACAAUGGCAACAGAAUGAUCGAAUGACAAUAAAGAGACAAUUCUUAAUAUUAGUGCAAACUUACAAAAAAUAUGGAGGAAUGUUAUCUGAUAGUUCACAUAAUAGGAUGGCAAAUAUCAUUAGGUUGAUGCUCAAAGACUAUGCUGCUGUCAAAAUAAAGGUUUCGACAAAUUUUUUAAAGGAUUAUAUUACGGAUGUGUUACUCUUCAACACCACAUUUGAAGAUGGAAGGAAACCAAUAAUGUCUUUUUUGAAACAAAUGUCAACAUCAUUUCGUCAACAUUACAAGAUAAUUGAUUUUUCUGGGUUAAUCGAAGGUCUGGUCUUAAUAACAUCAGACAAAUGCAGAUUUGUGAUUAAUGAUCACAUCGUGUCUUUUACGCUAAAAGACAAGUUUGUUUCAUUUGGCCUGUCUGUUGCGUUAAAACCGGAUUGGGAAGAUGGCGAGUCAAUGCAACUUAAAUUGUGCAAUAGUCUUGUCAAAUUAUUCGUCGCUCUCAUGAUUCAUUCCGAUCAAGAUAUUUUAAGUGAAUUAGACAAAUAUAUACCUUCACACCAAUUAAUGGCAUAUAUUGUGAUUCCAAUAUGUCUUCAAUAUUUGCCUGAAGAUGUGUACUUUACUUCAAUGAAUUCAAAUGCCAAUCAUCCCACCACAUUGAAGGCGAAAAGUAGUUGGACUCGCUUAUUAUCAUAUAUUACAAAAGGAUGUAAUAAAGAGUCCAUCAUGAGAUCAAAAACAACUUUUACCCUCCGUGGCAAUAAUUCGAAACAAAAUCUUGAUGACAAGGAUGAUGAUAAUAAUGACGAAAAUGUUACGAAUAGAUCUCUUCCCACGACAGCGGAAGCUGCGGCUACAUUUAUAAUAAGUUUCACGGCUCUAAAGAUUGUACUUGUACGCGCCGAAAAAUACUUAACACAAACGAAAGGAAUGUGGGUUCAUAUUAGCCAAUUCGUAAGACAAAUAUUAGGUACAGCUGGAACGUCACAAAUCAAAUCAGGAUUAUAUUCCUUAGGAGCAACGCCUGCGGGUAGCAAUACAAGUGUACAUAUAAGUAGUGAAGUGAAUGAUCACAGUGUCGAUAGAACGUCAUUUUUACAUUUUCAACAUCAUCCAUCUUCACCUGGAGGGGGGGGAUUAAACAAUUUCCAUAAUUCACGAUCGUCAUUUUCAUCCUCAUCGCAUGAUUUCGUUUUAUGGACAUUUUUGGAGUUGCUUUUGUUUUAUAAAUUACCGAUUAACUUAUAUUUACGUACUUUUAUACAUCAAAAGUUACAGAAUGCAUCGAUAGGAGCAAAUAGUUUGAGUAAUAGACUAUCCGCGCUUGAUAAUAUUCCGCUAUCACCUUCACUUAAUAGUAAUACCUCAUCAGUUUAUAAAGAAUCAUCAAGAAGAUCCAAAUGGAAAAGUUGGGGAGGUCCUCCAGCAGGUUUUCAACAGGCUUUAAAUAAAAAUCUAGAAAAAGGUGGUGUGGGAAGAAAUUCUAUUUUAAAAUCAGCAAAAGUUGAUGGAGUUAAAACUUUAAGUAUGGGAGUGGGAGGAUCUUCUACUUCAAAUAGAAUGAGCUCGUUUGGAGUCACAAAUGUUGGUAAUGAAUCACAAGAACAUCAACAUCAUAUCACAUUUACAUCGGGAGCUUAUACAAGAAAAAUUAGUGGUGUAAAUAAUUUAAUUCAUGAAACCUUAAAUGCAUAUUCUAAUGUGUGUACUUUAAUGGGAUAUUUGAAUCGAUCUCAGAAUUCAUCAAAUUCACAUGGAAACGAUUCAUCACCAGAAUUAAGAGCAUGGAGUUAUAAACAAGUAAUAGAUAAAUUGAAAGAAGAAAAGAAAAUUGUUAUGGAAGCUUAUAAGGGUGCCUUUAAUGUUUUAGGAGAGGAAUCAUAUUUUGCCAACGAUCAUAAUUCUUUUAAUGAAAUGAUUAAUAAUAGUUUUUAA